UCCCGCCCUCUUCCGAGAGCCCUGAAAACAAUUUUAAGAUGGCGGCGACGGCGGCGCGGAAAACAAUGGGCCCGGGGCGGCGGGGCCAGGCCGAGGUCUGAGGUGGGCAGCGAGCGCCGGCCGGGGUCGGGCCGAGCGGGGCCGCAGGAAGGCCCGUCGCCGCGCGCAAGCCCGCUCCGCAGCUCGCGGGGCCAUGGCGCGGCCGUGAGGCGGCCGGCCCCCGGCGGGGAGCGCAGCCCGCAGUUCCAGCCGGCCUGAGAGACUCGCCCCGGGCCCGGCCCGUGCCGCCCGCGGCCCAUGGUGCUGCCCACCUGCCCCAUGGCGGAGUUCGCGCUGCCGCGGCACAGUGCGGUCAUGGAGCGCCUCCGUCGGCGCAUCGAGCUGUGCCGGCGCCACCACAGUACCUGCGAGGCCCGCUACGAGGCCGUGUCGCCCGAGCGCCUGGAGCUCGAGCGCCAGCACACCUUCGCCCUGCACCAACGCUGUAUCCAGGCCAAGGCCAAGCGCGCCGGCAAGCACCGGCAGCCACCCGCCCCGGCCGCCGCCCCGCCGCCAGCCCCGGCCCCGCGCCUCGACGCUGCCGACGGUCCGGAGCACGGCCGCCCCGUCGCGCAUCUCCAUGACACCGUGAAGAGGAGUCUCGAUAGCACUGCCUCCCCACAGAAUGGUGACCAGCAGAAUGGCUAUGGAGACCUCUUUUCUGGGCAUAAGAAGACCCGCCGGGAGGCUCCCAUGGGAGUGGGUGUCUCUUCCAACGGCCUGCCUCCAGCCUCCCCUCUCGGUCAGCCUGAGGAGCCCAGUGCAGAGGCCCUGCAAGCCAGCGGGAAGCACGCCCUGGGACUGGACUCUAUGAACAAGAAGUGUCUGGCAGACUCAAGCCUCCACCUGAAUGGAGGCAGCAACUCUGGCGAGUCAUUUCCUCUGAGCCUGAGUAAAGAGCUGAAGCAGGAGCCUGUGGAUGACCUGCCUUGCAUGAUCGCAGGAGCUGGAGGCUCCAUAUCCCAAAGCAACCUCAUGCCUGACCUCAACCUUAAUGAGCAGGAGUGGAAGGAGCUCAUUGAGGAGCUGAACAGGUCAGUGCCCGACGAAGACAUGAAGGAUCUGUUUACUGAGGACUUUGAAGAGAAGAAGGACCCAGAGUCUUCCAGUUCUGCCCCACAGCCUCCCUUGGCUCAGGACAUCAGCAUUAAGACAGAAUUCUCUCCAGCAGCCUUGGAACAAGAACAGUCAGGCUCUCCACAAGUGAGGGCUGAUUCCGUAGGACCUCCAUCCUACAGAAUGGGGCCUUCCUCUGGGCCUGUGAGCACAGACUCACCCAGCCUCGGGGGCUCUCAGCCUCUGUUCCACACCUCUGGUCAGCCCGGGACAGACAACCCCAGUCCCAGCCUGAUGCCGGCAUCUGCCCAGGCCCAGAAUGCACAAAGAGCCAUCUCCAGUGUGGUGUUGCCAAGCCAGGGUCCAGGAGGGGCCUCGAAGCUGUCCUCUGCCCACCAGCUCCAGCAGAUUGCUGCCAAGCAGAAGCGCCAGCAGAUGCUCCAGAAUUCACAGCAGGCUGCUCAGGCACCAGCUCCAGGCCAGAUGUCCACCUGGCAACAGACAGGCCCAUCCCACAGCCCCUUAAAUGUUCCUUAUACUAUGGAGAAGCCUGCCAGCCCUCCCGGCUAUAAGCAAGACUUCACUAACUCCAAACUGCUCAUGAUGCCCAGUGUGAAUAAGAGCUCCCCUCAUCCUGGAGGCCCCUACCUCCCGCCCAGCCAUGUAAACCUGCUGAGUCACCAGGUGCCGCCAAGCAGCUUGAGCCAGAGCACCGUGACUAACCAAGGGUCUGUGCUGGACUACGGCAACACCAAGCCCCUUUCUCAUUACAAAGCAGACUGCGGGCAAGGCGGCCCUGGGGCUGGCCCAGGAAAGGCGGCCCUGAUGACCUACCUUCCCCAGCAGCUGCCUCACCUGAGCAAUGAGCAGAAUUCCUUGUUUCUGAUGAAACCAAAGCCAGGAAACAUGCCCUUCCCGUCGCUGGUCCCACCUAGCCAGGAGCAGAACCCUCCCAACGUCCCUGUGCCAGCCCAGGCAUCCAGCGUGGGGAAUCAGCCACCCACUGCGUCCGUGGCCAGCACUCACAGCAGCGCCCCCUAUCUCAGCGGCCAACAGCAGGCAACUGUCAUGAAGCAGCACCAGUUGCUUUUGGAUCAGCAGAAACAGAGGGAGCAGCAGCAGAAGCAUUUGCAGCAACAGCAGUUCUUGCAAAGGCAGCAGCACCUUCUGGCAGAGCAGGAGAAGCAGCAGUUUCAGCGCCAUCUGACCCGCCCACCACCCCAGUACCAAGACCCAACACAGAGCACCUUCCCACAGCAAGUCGGACAGUUCCCAGGGUCUUCCGCUGCUGUGCCUGGAAUGAACACCUUGGGUCCGCCUAACUCCAGCUGUCCUCGAGGGUUCCCUCAGGCUGGGAGUCUGAUGCCACUGGGCCCUGGACACACUUCCGUUUCCUCUCUCUCCUCAAACUCGGGCCAGCAGGACCGCACCGUGGUUCAGUUCACCGGCUCCCAGAGCAUGCCGCAGAGCAGCCUCUACGGCAUGGCCGCCAGCAUCACCCAGAUAGUCACCCAGCCCCCAUCACAGGCCACCAAUGGACAUGCCCACAUUCCUCGGCAGGCCAGCAUGGGCCAGAACACCUCAGUCUCAGCUGCCUAUGGGCAGAACUCUCUGGGGAGCUCUGGCCUCUCCCAACAGCACAGUAAGGGGACCCUGAACUCUGGUUUAACUAAGCCACAGGUCCCAAGGGUGUCAGCAGCCAUGGGAGGCCAGAAUCCGUCUUGGCAGCACCAGGGAGUGCCGACCCUGAGCAGCCCAGCCCCGGGCAGCACCACUGUCAGCCCCUUCACUGCGGCAUCCAGCUUCCACAUGCAGCAGGCCCGCCUGCAGGUGUCCAGCCCACGGUUCCCCCAGACGGUGCCCAGUAGGCCCAUGGCCCCCAUGAGCUCGGCGGCUUCCACUGGGCCCAUGUUGCCUCCUGUGAGUGCACAGCAGAGGACCAGCGCCCCCGCUCCGGCGCCUCCCCAGGCAGCCCCGCAACAGGGCUUGCCGGGCCUGAGCCCUGGGGGGCCUGAGCUGGGGGCCUUCAGCCAGAGCCCUGCCCCACCCAUGGGCGGCAGGGCAGGGCUGCACUGUGCCCAAGCCUACCCUGUGCGGACUUCGAGCCAGGAGCUGCCCUUCGCCUACAGUGGGCAGCCAGGGGGCAGUGGGCUGGCCAGCAUGGCAGGAGAUGCCGACCUGAUUGACUCCUUGCUGAAGAACAGGACUUCGGAAGAGUGGAUGAACGAUCUGGAUGACCUUCUGGGGCCUCAGUAAUAGCAGGGUUCGAGGUGUUUUCAGUGUUCCUACAGCUCGUUCUCAUAUUCAACGAUGAGCAACUAUUUAGACCAAAAGCCCACAGCCCGGGGGCUGGGUGGGUGCAGCAGAGCCUGGGGCUGAGGUUGGAUUCCCCUGGCUGGAAUCUGCGGAGCCCCCUGCUCCACCCUAGUGUCAUGGUCUGUCGGGCUGGCCCCAGACCAUCUGCUGGCAUCAUCACCUGUUGCCGGGACAGCAGGACAGGGUUCCACAGGUGGUUUUCUGUCCAAAUGACCAAAAGCCAACAGAUAAAACAGUGAAACCCCAUUAUGUCAGGCUUUUAAAAACCUGUGCUGUCGUGUCGGCUUAAUCCAAGAUUUCUUCACUCACCUCAUUGUUGGGGGGAAGUAUUUGUUGAGACUCCAUAUAGCAGAACUAUUUGCAAUUUGUAGCAUAGAGAAGAUUAAAAUUUUUAAAGUUUUUAAAGCAGGAUAGGUAGUGGUUUAAGUUGAUUCCGUGGCAUUGGAAACCUAGGGCUUCCUUUAAGGGCCUUUUGUGUUCGGCUCUGUCCGCCUUCAGGAAAAAGGGGGCAUCACGGGAAAAGCCUUUCCAUCAGUACGGGCUGUGGCCGGUGCACGUGUGAGAAAGGCACAGGAUGCCACGAGGCAGCAGAGCUGGUUGGUGACAGGUGCGGUCUGCCCAGCAGCCCUCCCUCCAGAAUGCUGUUCCUCGGUGGGCAUUUCUGAGGACCCUGGUGGAGGGGUCCCUCCUUCCACUCUGGUAGCAGGACCCCAGGCCACCCCCAGGCUAAAUGCUGAAAUGGAGUAUUUGGGGUUCCCAGGUGUCCUUUGGUUGUAAGUCCCCACCCUCUGCAGUUGUUGGUCUGACAGCGUGUAUUUAACAUGUUAGAAAGCGGGCGUCGGGCAGUCGUGUUCAGAGGUCUUUUUUCACCUGUCUUCCCUUCUGAUGCCCUUUUUUCUGCCUCCCCAUUUUUCUCUCUGCAGCCCAACUGGAAAACCUCUUUGAGACCAUGAUUUACUAGAUUGGCGGGGAAAGAAUCAUUACAACUCCUUAGGGAGACCUCACAUUGUAGGGCGGAGGGCACCCGUCCCCAAAAGGAAGGCUUUAGGGAAGGGGAAGGGGCUGUGGGCCUGUUUAGCAGGGUGGCCCCACCCAGUGCCAGGCAGAGGGAGGAGUUCUCUGUAUUACUCUUGCCACUCCCAUGUCAGAUAACUUGCACUUUUUAAAGAGAAUUGCUUUAUAACACUAAUACAUCCUUUCUAAAGAUUCAAGUGGAUUUCUCUUUUAAGGUCUAUGAAUUAAUAGACUUGACUAAGCUAAGAGUCCACAAAACAGAGUAUUACCUGUGGGCUGUUUGUGGAAGAGGAAGAUGGAGUGAGCAUUCGGUGUAAAGGAAAGCAGACUGGAGCACAGGGCGAGCCCCUCUCCCACGGAGUAGGGGAGGAAGGGCCGCUGACGGGUGUGGUCUCAGGAGAGACCGCCAUGGUCAUUCACGGAGUGUCCUAUGGAAAGAACUGAGCCGAGGACAAGGUUCCCGCGAGCAGCCGGGGCGCAGGGACGGGAGGCUGGACACCCGUUGGUGAUGCUCUGCACCUGCAGUGCCUUCGUGGGGGCUCAGCCCUCACCCCUCUUCUCUUAGAGCCAUUUCCCCACCCCACCUUCCUGCCUUUCCGGGUGCUGGGUUUAGCUCUGAAAAAGGGAGUGAAUCAUAGAGCCCGUGCCACCACCCUCUCGAGUGCUCUCCCCAGUGUGGAGGGGAGGGGGUGACUUCAGCAGGUUUUCUACCAAAAAGGGGUGGGCAGACUGCCAGUGAUGGGCCCUCAUUCUUCUCUGGUCUCUGUCUGGCUGUCGCUCACCUCUGUCCCCAGGGCACUCUACCUCCCUCCUGGGGAGGCCGCCCCUGCCUUAGUCCCCCUAGUCCUGGGCCACCUAGUCAGACAGCAGGCUUCUUGCCUGCUGCAGUGUCAGAGCAAUAAAAUGUGAUGCUCGGGGCCCCCCAGGGAGCUGCCCGUGGCUUUAUUUAUGAACCUGGUGUUUGGGUGGUCAGGGAGGAAGGGGUACCACUUCAGUGUAACCCCCAACCCCCAUUUACCAGGAGCCAUGACUCAAAAGGGUGCUGGGACUUUUGUUAUACACAUUUGCUUUGUGUAAAUAAAUGUUUACAAUUUUAUAUUAAAGAUGGAAUAAGUGAUAGA